AGUCCCCUACUCUCUCUCCACACACACACACACACACACUCGCAUACUUGUAGUGCUUCAUACAGGGAUAAGAAAAAGCAGAGACAGCUACAGCAGAGCGCAGGGAUCAUCAUUGUUCCCACAUAUACACGGGAGUAUAUAUAUAUCUAUACAUAUAACUAGAGUAGUAGAGUAUCUCGAGAUUUGCACCCGUGAAGAGAGAGGACCAGGAUCUCCGCGGAUCAGGGUGAUUUCAAUGCAAAGGCGGCGAGAGUUAAAACCUGGGUUUGUGUAUGCAGUUGGGUUGGUGCGUGAAUAAUUGUGUCUAUAUCAUCAAUGUCAUCGCAAAGGGCAGGUGGUCCUUUCUUUCGUAAUCAAUGUGGGGCUUGACUUUACUUUCUCUGUGCUUGUAUUUUUUGGAGUCUAGAAUAUUAUAGAAACAAUAGAAAUGGGUUCUGGGCUUAGAGAGAAACGGUUCAUUGUUCUUUCCCAGUGCUUGUAUUGGAGUCGACAAUGAAAAAUGUGUUCUUUUAGAGAGUGUUAAUUUGGAGAGAGAGAAGUUUCAGAGAGGAGAAAAAGUUGUGGGUAAUUUUGUUCGGGAAGGAAAAUGAAGUUUAUGAAGUUAGGAUCGAAACCUGAUGCCUUCCAAGCUGAUGGAAAUACGAUUAGGUUCAUGUCAUCUGAACUGGCAACUGAUGUUGUCAUAAAUGUUGGUGAAGUGAAGUUUUACCUUCACAAGUUCCCUCUCUUAUCCAAGAGUAAUUGCUUACAAAAACUCUCACUGAAAUCCAAUGAGGAAAAUUCAGACGAAAUUUAUUUGCCCAACCUCCCCGGAGGCCCAAAAGCCUUUGAAAUUUGUGCCAAAUUCUGUUACGGUGUGACUGUCACUCUCAAUGCGUACAAUGUAGUGGCAGCCCGUUGUGCGGCAGAGUACCUAGAGAUGACUGAAGAUGUUGACCAAGGAAACCUGAUUUUCAAAAUCGAGGUUUUUCUCAAUUCCAGUGUUUUCCACAGCUGGAAAGAUUCCAUUAUUCUUCUGCAAACCACACCAUCUCUUCUUCCAUGGUCUGAAGAUUUGAAAGUUGUUGGAAGGUGUAUAGAUUCGAUUGCUUCGAAAACUUCUGUGGACCCGUCUCUAAUAAAGUGGUCUUACACAUAUAACAGGAAGUUAUUGGUGCCGGAUAGAAUUAUCGACAAUGGGGUGUUGAAAAUUGAAUCUGUUCCCAGGGAUUGGUGGGUGGAAGAUAUAUGUGAACUGGGUAUUGACCUAUUUGAGCGUGUAAUGACUGUUGUGAAAUCAAAGGGAAGAAUGGAUGGAAAAGUGAUCGGAGAGGCACUAAAGACAUACAUAGUUAGGUGGUUGCCAGGUUCAGUUGACUCUUUGGCUUCUGAAGUUCAUAACAGGAGAAACAAAAAAUUGGUCGAAACCGUAGUUUCCUUGUUGCCUUCUGAUGGGGGUGUUGGUUGUUCUUGUAGUUUCUUGCUCAAGUUAUUGAAAUGUGCCAUUCUGGUCGGAGCAGAUGAUACCCUCAGGGACGAUUUGGUAAAAAGGAUCAGUUCAAAGUUGGAUAAGGCUUCCGUUAAUGAUUUACUGAUACCCGCGAGAUCUCCCCAAACUACGAAGUAUGAUGUUGAACUUGUGCAGACUCUUGUAAAUCAAUAUAUGCAACAUGUAAAGAGUAGCAGCGAUAUGGAUAAUGCUGAGAAGAAUGAGAAAAUCUCUGGUGGUUUUGUUUUAGGCCAUGUGUUGUGGUUGAGCGUCGGUAAAUUAGUGGAUGGGUAUCUUGCAGAAAUUGCUUAUGAUCCAAAUCUUUCCUUCUCCAGCUUUGUUCUGUUGUCACAGUCGGUUCCAGAGUCAGCUAGACCAAUUCAUGAUGGAUUGUACGGCGCUAUUGACAUCUAUCUGAAGGAGCACCAAAACUUGACAAAAAGUGAAAGAAAGAAGAUUUGUGGGCUGAUGGACGUGAAGAAGUUGACAAUGGAUGCUUCCACACACGCAGCACAGAAUGAGCUCCUCCCCCUCAGAGUUGUGGUACAAGUUCUUUAUACUGAGCAACUAAGAGCAGCUGUUGGUGUUCAUUCCCAUACCAGCGAUUCUCAGGAGAAUUCAAGCUCCACAACUAAAACCGAAGAAGAAUGGGAAAAGAAACUGCCAGACGAGGGAAAAUCCCUGGAGAAACAGAUGAGUCAAAUUCAGAUGACGGAUGGGAAAAUACCCAGAAAGGGAAAGUUGGCGAAGGGAAGUAAAAAUACAGGCAGUGGAAUUCAGUUGCUGCCGUCGAGGUCGAGGAGGAUAUUUGAUAAGUUGUGGGUUGUGAGAAAAGGGCAUGGAAAUGGGGAGAAUAGGAGUUCUGAGACAUCUGGUAGUUCUCAGAGCCCUACUUCAGUUGUUCUGGGGAAGACCAAGUCAUCUGAUUCAUCAUCAAGGCACUGGAGGCAUUCUGUUUCGUGAAAACAUAUUUUCAUAUUGAUUUGAACUGAAUAGUAAGUAGGUUGAAUUACUGGAAGUGUAAAAAGCCUUGUAGGUAUUUUAUUUCAGUAGGAAUAGAGGGUUAUGCAGCAAAACAGAGUAGAAAAAGAAGCGCAAAUUAUUUUAGUUAGUCAGUUUCUUUAGCCUGUAUCUGUUGGUUUUUACAUUCAAGUUCAGUUAGUUCAUCAGAAUGUCUGAAAACAAUUUAUUUUUUUCCAAUUAGAUGUGAAUCUUGUUAUGAUUAUCUGUGAAAA